UUCCUAUUUCCCCAUAUUUUAAUCCAUUAAUCACAUUUCUCCCUCCAUUAAUUAGUAUAAUAAAUUUUCACAGCAUCACCAAACAAAUCUGCAGCUAUAAAGGGCCCCACCAAUUUAACAUUGUUUUCUUUUCUUCCCUUUGGCUUCUUCUCUCUACAAUGAAGCACUGCAAAAAGGGUUGGCAAGAAUUGUUGGAGAAAAAGGAGUCAUUUGAUUCUUGAGCUUUAUUCUAUGCUCUACCCAUUUGAAUACUCAUGUUGAGAUUUUUUCCCUUUUGAAACACCAUUGUUUCUUCAAGAUCUGAUUUUUUUUUUUCUCGCACCAUCUAUGCUCCAGGACAGGUUAAUGGAGUUGACAUCUGUAAGGUGCCUUAUAAACAGUAUCUCUCGAUUCAUUCAUCUUGUGACGUGUCUAACAUCAAAGACUAUGCCUGGUCAAAAGAGUUAUAAAAAUAUUGCGACUUUGUUGAAGCUUUUAAAACCGGUACUUGAUGAUAUUGCUCAACAAAAAGCUCCUUCAGAUGAAACCAUAUCAAGGCAGUGUGAAGAACUGGACAUAGCCAUUAAUGAAGCUAGAGAAUUACUGGAAGAAUGGUCUCCUAAGAAGAGCAAGAUUCUCUGGGUUUUGCGGAGCGAGCCACAAUUGCUGAAAAUCCAGAGCAUUGCACUCAAGAUAUCUCACAUUUUAAGUAAAUUAGUAGAAUCAUCACCACCCACUUUGAGUCUUUCUGAAAUUCAGCACUUCAUACAGGAACUUCAAAAUUGCGAAGUGGGGAAAAUAUCAAAACACAUAAACAUGGCUCUUGAAGGAGGAAAGGUUCUUCGCUCUGAAAGUCUGACAGAAAUCAUUCACUCCCUUAAUUUGGCAUCUCACGAAGAACUGUUGAAUGAAUGUAUUGCAUUAGAGAAGGAGAGAAUGAAGGCUAAAGAUAAUAAAACAAGAGGAGAUUUGGAUAAGAUCACCGUUUCCAUUGACCUCUUCUCUCAUAUUCGUGAUUGUAUGCUUGAACUUGACACCUUCAAGGCCAUAGAUGGUAUUAAGAUCCCUCCUUAUUUCCGGUGUCCUUUGUCUCUGGAACUGAUGGUGAAUCCAGUCAUUAUUGCUUCAGGCCAAACUUAUGAUCAGACUUCCAUUCAAAAAUGGCUGGAUCAUGGACUAACUACAUGCCCCAAAACCCUCCAAGCGCUCGCACAUUCAAAUCUUAUCCCAAACUACACUGUUAAGGCUCUGAUAGAAAAUUGGUGUGAGGAAAACAAGGUGAGGCUGGAUGACGGGAAUUUUGAGUCCACUCAUGAUGGAAUCUCAUCAAAAUCUGGACACCUUAUUGACAUGGACAACGUGCGAGGUUCUUCAGAAACUAGCAAUUCAACAUCAAGACUCUGUCUUCAAGGUGGACAAGCUUUUGAAAGUCAGAAGAUUGAUUGCACUUCUGAAAUAAGUGAAGAAGAAUUAAGUGCAUGCCGUAUCAGGGAGGCUGAAAAAUCUGGCCACACAUCCCCAGGGAUUUCCUAUAACCACAGCAGGAGCGAAUCAGUAUCAAGUGCUGUUUCCAGUAUUGAUUAUCUUCCCUCGGCAUCAACUGAUGUCUCCAGGAUAUCAAGCAAACAUGAUAAUGUGAGUGAUACAUCUGGAGAGGUACAAUGUGAUUACCGCGUUUCUUCUCCGUGUAACAAGAGUGUUGGGAAUUCUCCUAAUUUAUCUGCAAGGCAAUAUCACAGCUCCAAAACAAUGGGUGGGAUGGCUGUGAAUGGACUCCACAACCAUGCUAGACAACUUUCUUUACCAACAAAAUCAAUGUCUGAUGAUCUGACCACGAGUUCCCAUGUUGAAAAGCUUAUUAGAGACUUGGAUAGUCAUUCAACUGAGGUGCAAACGACAGCUGCAGCAGAAUUGCGGUUUCUGGCAAAGCACAACAUGGAAAACCGAGCUAUUAUAGGCCGCUGUGGGGCUAUUGCUCCACUCAUCUCUUUGCUACACUCUGUUGUGAAGCUAACUCAAGAGCAUGCUGUCACAGCACUACUAAACUUGUCAAUAAAUGAAGACAUCAAGGCCAUUAUUGCAGAACAAGGGGCGCUUGAACCCCUUAUCCAUGUCCUGAGAACAGGAAAUGCUGGAGCAAAAGAGAAUGCUGCGGCAGCUCUUUUUAGUCUGUCUCUUUUGGAAGAGUACAGGAAAAAGAUUGGGCGUUCUGGAGCAGUUAAAGCCUUGGUUGAUCUUCUUGGUUCGGGUACCAUCAGAGGGAAGAAAGAUGCUGCUACAGCAUUAUUUAACCUGUCAAUAUUUCAUGAAAAUAAGGCUCGCAUUGUUCAGGCUGGAGCUGUGAAGCAUCUCAUUAGGUUGUUGGACCCUUCAAAUGAAUUGGUCGAUAAGGCUGUUGCUCUUCUUGCAAAUUUGUCUACCAUUGCAGAGGGCUGCUUAGCUAUUGCCCGAGAAGGAGGUAUACCAUCACUAGUCGAGAUUGUUGAAACCGGAUCUCAGAGGGGAAAGGAAAAUGCUGCCGCAAUACUGCUGCAACUGUGUCUCAACAGUCCCAAGUAUUGUCGAUUAGUGUUGCAAGAAGGUGCUGUUCCACCACUUGUUGCAUUGUCUCAGUCGGGCUCCCCAAGAGCAAAGGAGAAGGCACAACAACUUCUCAGUCAUUUCCGCAGCCAGCGUGAAGGAGCCACGGGGAGGGGGAAGUCAUGAUGUAGAAGUAUUCAUGCUGGUUUGCCACUGGGUUCAAUAUUUAUAGAGUCAUCGUUUUCUUCAGGAGCAAUAUUUUUUAAAUCAUCUGUAGUUUCCCCAUUCUUGUUUGUUUUACCAUUAGGAAGUAGUUUGCUACUGGUUAGGAAUUUGAUAUGUAAAUGGUAGUAGAUUCUUGUGUUAUAGCCUUCACGAUUGGCAUCAACUGCUAAUAAGGUUUUGUCCCUAUGGUUGCUUUUUU